AUAAAUUUUCCUCUUUAUUAGGAAUUUUAUAUGGCUAUUAUAUCAGAUUUGAUUUCUUUAUAAUGCACUAUCAAUUCUGGCACUUGAGUGUGUGACACCCUAUUACAUUUUGAAACAAUCAUACACUGAUAAUUUCAGUUAUCAAAUCAAUUUAAUUUAUCAUAAAUAAUUUAAUAAUCAUAUAACAUUAUAAGAUAUACAAUUAUCUAUUAUAAUGAUUAUAAAUACAGUCCAUAAGGGAAUCAAUAUUAAAUUAAAUGAUAAAACAUGUAUAUGAUGGAAUCGAAUUAAUAAGGGUAAAAGGAAAUAAAUUAAUGCAAGACAAAUACUAAUUAAAAAUAUAUAAAAGAGGAAAUGGCUUUUUAUCUAAGAGUAUAAAAGGCCCAAGUAUUGUAUUUAUUCCUAAUUACCGAUUGGUAGGUAAGACCCAAUUAUUGUAGGAAAGUUUUAAAUUACAUUUAAGAGAAAUUGUUAUACUAGUCAAACUAGAAAUCCAAUCAAUUUCCUAACAUAGAAAUAAUGCUAUUAAUAAAAAUCCCUAUGAGAAAGAAGAUGUUAAAGGAGUAAAAAAGAAUUUCCAUUACAGAAAUCAAUAGAGUGUAAUUAGAGGUUUUUUACUGAGAAUAAAUCACAAGUCAAUUAUGGUAAUAUUAUCAAACAAAUAUUCUAAUUGUAUUGUCCUUUAAUGAUAAUUUCUUUAUAUAUUUUAAAAUAUUCAAAAUUAAAUUUCAAUUCUCAUUCCCUUUAUAUAUGAAAGAGUCAAUUAUAUAAAUCAUCAUUUACAAACAUUACAGCCAUACACAAAUACCUCAACUUCAAAACUUACCACCUAAAAGAUGAAUUCUCCAAAACACAAUCCUUCAGAUGUUCUGCAGCUUCAUCCCCAAGAACUCGAAGUAAUUUCCACCCCCUCCCUUACUACAGAAUCUGUAGAAAUUGACCCUCCAAACGUUAUCUUUGGUAGAAUGUUAACGAACAAGCCUUUCCAGAGGAAAAAUCUGAAGAGCUUCUUCCAGGCAUUAUGGCAGGACAGGUCAGGGGUGAUAAUUGAGGAUUACAGUGAUGAUACCUUCAUAAUCACCUUUGAGUCAAAGACAUUGAUGAAUAGAAUCCUAAAGGGUCAACCGUGGCAUUUUUCUGGUCAUAUCUUCGUCUUGAUCGAAUCGACUAGGACAGAUCAAAUCUCUGCGGAGGAUUUUCAAUACAUUCCCUUUUGGAUUCAGAUUCAUGGAAUCCCAUUGUGAAACAUAUCCUCACCAUUAGCGCUACCACUGGGGGAGAGGAUAGCCAACUCUAUUGGAAAAUUUCUUGAGUUUGAUCCAAGUAGGCGGCAUACCUUUCUGCGACUAAGGGUUCUUUUAAAUUCCUCUCAACCACUGUCCAGAGGAAUUUUCUUGAAUCUAGACAAAGAAAAGGACAACAUAUGGGUCUCCUUCCGAUUUGAGCGUCUCUCUACAUUCUGUUACUACUGUGGAUUUCUAGAUCAUUUCCAUAAUGAUUGUGGUGCUCUUAGAGAUGCAAUCGAUAUGGGUUUUAAUCCAACCUUACAGUACGAUGAAACACUAAAAACAUCUGGUUUGACGAACAUGAUUCCAACUGCUUCCUCAAUUUCUCCCUUGGCCUAUGGAUCGAAGAAAAAAUCUAUGGCACAACGUGCUAAACAGGCAGCUUUAUCUUAUGCACAACCGUUAUCUUUGGAUUCGUUGGUCAAACGACAAAAAACGGGAAAAAUAGGAGAAAACUCAACCUCCUCGAACAGACAGUCGGGUACAGAGAUCGCUAUAGGAAAUAUGAAGAGCAAUAAGCAAAAGGAGAUAUCUUUGGACAAUGAUAAAAACACCUCAACGCAAACUAAGAAGCCACACAAGGAAACGUAUAUGCCAACUCCCCAAGCAGUUCUUACAAUCUCUUCCCAGGAGGUGCCUGUUCACAAUGAAGGAAAAGUCCAAAACCCAAAAGCAUGAAGGAAUUGCUUUAAAGAUAAAGAAGAUAAGAAUGAUGGUUGUCUUUCUAUUUUGUCAUUUCGUAUUUUGGAUUUUAUAAUUUCAAAGAAUAAUAUUGAGUAUUUGAACUUUCCUUUCUUCCCCUCUUUUUUCUUAUUUUUUUGUCUUUAUUGUUAAUUUUGUGAAAGAGGUUUCUUGGAUUGAUUUAAUAAGAACCAUGGUUCUAAAACUUUUAUGGUAUGGAGAAAUAUUUUUAAUUACUAUUA